GCGAACGCCCCUCACCCCAAUGCUGAGAGGUAACAGUGUGCCAAAUCGACGUCCUCUUUCAUCUAAUCUUUACUUCUGGCCGUCUCCGAGAAACCUGCAAAACGCUCUUCGCGUAUUCAACAGUUGUCAGAGUAACCAGCCUGAUUUCAUCACUACCUCUUCAUCGUUUACAUCUUAAAGCAUCCGGUCCACGCCGCUUUAAAAUGUUACGUGGAUGGAGAACAGCUUCCUGCAAACUUUUAAUUUUUUCCCCGCCCUUCACAGCUUCCAUUAGCUGUCCAUUCUGGUCCUAACUACAGCAUCAUUAACAUAUCUGCCAGAUCCUUUGGGAAUAUGCACCGUUUGCAAAGCAUUCAUACUAUAUCGCCUCUUAAAUUUUCCGACUAGCAAAGAUUGGUCAAUCUAACACAACAACCUCCUACUUUAACUAAUCUUUUGCAAUCAUAUAUUCAUCUCAAUCAUCUCGAGGACUUGGAUUCCCUUUCCAAAUAAGCCAUUGACGGUCAUUCACUUAUCUGGAUUUUGUAAAGCUGCAAAUCAAAUCAAUCAUGUGGUCCACGUUCAUCGUUCAGGAUGAAGAGGCAGGUGGUGCGCACCAACCUUCUGGUGGGCUGAAAGGGUUAACGGGACGCGGGGGAAGACACAAUCGGCCACACCGAACGUUCUCCAGUUCGGUUGAUGCCAUCAGCGAAAGCCAGGAGGGCAAGAUCAAACUUACAUUUUUCAUUGCUGUAACGGGCAUCAUGCUUACUGUGCUAGGGGUGGGCACUGAGUUUUGGGUGGAGCUUACACCGUCAAAGAACUUCUACAACAAUGAGACUUGUCUGGCUGCACAUUAUGGUUUGUGGAAAUGCUGUAUAAAGACCUUCUUGGUCUCAGAUAUCGACCCGACGCGGGAGAGUUGCGGGCCCUUGGACUUACAUACACAAGGAGAACCCAACUGCACCUUUUUUAAGUUCUACACCACAGGAGAGAACAUCGUCCUAUUUCAGAAAAUGCCAGAAAAGAAUCUGACUGUAGCGUCGACCAUGUUUGCCAUCUUUAGUCUUUUCCUGAUGGCGACGGGUGCCAUCUGCAUCAUUAUGGCAGUCAGCAAAGGCGUUAAAUUCUUCUUAAAGCCAGCCUCUGUUUGCUUCAUUCUUUCAGGUGUCUUAAUCUUCAUCUGUCUCAUCAUCUUCCACCAAUCAGUGCUUUCAUAUUUGGCAAGUGACCAAUCCAUACCUGUCCAGCAUGAAAUGUCAUGGUCAGUAACAUGCAUGGCCUGUGCCGGGGCUCUGGUUGUCAUUGCUGGGGCCUUGUUCUGGGUCCUUGUUCUUCCAUACAGCCCUUGGGAAAAGUGCCUACCUAAAAAGAAUAGUGACAUCUAGCAGUGUGGAGGCUGAAGUGCACCUCAUCCAAUUUUGCACUGUCCUGUUGUUUAUUCUGUGGAACAGAUUCAGUAUUUCCAUCCAGCUAGGAGAAUCUGGAAUGCCAAAGGAUUCAUCUACAUGUCUCAGAAUAUUUAUUAAGAUAAUGUAAUUUGUUUGUUUGUUUGGUGGUUGGCAACGUGUUGCAUGAAUAUUAGACAUGUGUUGGCACUGGAAGAUAUUGGGUAGGAAACGGAACAGGAGGUGGGCCAGGCAUGUUGGCAGAAAACACAAGCCAUUAUAUGACAGAACUGUUCCGUGCCUUAAAUAUGAAUACCAUAAAGAUGGGGAAUGACUUAAUAUAAGCUAUAUUUUUAAUUUACACAAAUCUUGCAAUUGUAUUGCUAUACUUGUUGCUGUAUUAUAUGUUUGUUAACGCAAUUCAUUCUAGGAGCCGAUCUGAAUUUGCUUUAACAUUUUCAACUUAGCUUUUUUCUUAAAAAAUAAUCAUAUCAUCUAGUCAUAUUAAAUAUCUAGGAAUUGUAUAUUUUAGACGGAAAAGAGUAGUUGCAGUUACAGUAUACUGUACGAAGUAUGAAAUCUUGAGAGUGGUUCUCAACAGGUGGGUCAUGAGUCAAUAACAGGCUGCAGAUAUUUGGUUGGAAGAAAGGAAAAGGGGGAUUUUUUUUUAUUGCUAGUAUUGUAGAAGUUGUUUCUUAAAGGUUAUAAAAAGGGAAAAGAAAAUGUUUCUCAUAUAUUUUGUUGCUGUCCAAGGCAAAUUCAUCUCUAACUUAGUGGAACCCAGCCAGAUUUGGCCACAGCAUUGAAUGACAUGCCCUUUUCCUAACACCAUCAAACCCCCUGGAUUGUUUCAUUGGGCAAAGGCUAUCAUAUAAUUUGGCAAGGUAUAAAUGUACUGGUUCUAUAAGGUAAAUGCUGAAAUACAAAAAUAGUCAAUCAGUCAGUCAUUACCAUAUUCUCAAAAUAAUCAAACUCAUUCUUUAGACUGCACACUUUCCCCCCACACACAAACCUUAUUUUUCCUUGCUGCAGGAUUUCAAAGGGUUUAUAAAGGCUCUCUCUCUCUCAGUAACCCGCGUCACCUGUCUUCAAAUGAGUCCAACCCACCCAUCAAUUAGCAAAUUUGUGGUUGUACAUUCCAAACAAUAGCAGGAGAGAGCGAGAGCAGAAAUACUGUAUAAACAUGUCUCUCUCCUUAUAGAGUUGUGUUUCUAUUCAUUUUCUUUUCAAAAGAUUAUUCUUUUGAAGAAUUACACGUUUUUCUCUGGGAAUGUGAACAAUUAUUGCCCUUAUUGUAACUCACUGUAUGUUUUACCAUUUGUGCUGUGAUUUUAAAAGUCUUACUGUGCGUACACAUUUUUAAUAAAGGCAUUUCAUUUAC